AAGGUCACUCAAAUAUCUUGUGCGCUGUCUGGUGUUGCUUAAGGCACCAUGUCCUUCUGUUCCGUGUUGUGGCUAAGGUGAGGUUCGCGUCAAUACAACUAAUGAAGUGGAAACUGUCGAGACUUUAUAGAACAUUCUUCGUGAUUGAACGGAAUAGAAGAAAAGAAGGUAUUUUGUAGUUCUUCCGGGGUUAAAUGGAUCUAUGCUAACGGUGGCUUAGGCCUUGCGGUUAGCUAACGACAUUUCACCGAGGUGACGUCCUUCCUCCUGGUUUAAGUGUCCUCGUCCACUGGAAGAGUUAAUUCAAUCCUCACAAUGACAGCUCAGGAAGGAGAGGGAUGGGGAGGCAUGAACCUGUCACCUCACCUGCACACAGCUGAGUGCAAUGAGCUAGUCGCUCGUCUAAAGCAGUGUCACAAAGAGCACAACGUCCUGAAGUUCUUUGGCGAGUGUAACGCUGUGGACCGCGCUAUGCGUCUUUGCUUGAAAAAAGAGCGACUGGAGAAGCGGGAGCGCAGUGUGCAGCAUGCACAGGAGAUGAAAAGGAGGCUGAAAGAAGGGCCCAAAGAGCCUUUAUGAAGGACAUUUAUUUUCCAACGUUUGUCACUGGCACUGAAAUUAAAGUUGUUCCGAUACUGGGAUUUGGGUAAAGCGUGGAGCUGUGUAACAACAUACCUCCCCUGCUGUUUUUGUGUCAACACAGGAAGGAUAUAAAGUAUGAUGUGAUUGUGUGCUUUAAGUAGAUCAAAGUGCUGUUAUUACAAUUUAUUAUUGCUAUUACAGCUGUUAUUUUUGUUGAGAGAAACAUGAGUCAUAAGAACAUGACAAAUGUUGAAAUCAUGCACAUAUACCAAUGCUUAAAAUCAACGGGUUGCUCCUGGAUAAUAAUCCCUGCUAACUAAAACUUACACUGCUCCCAGAACAGUUUAGGUCAAAACAACAAUUUUAAAGUGCUGUGGAAUAAAAAAUGAUAUUAGGUCUCCUCAUUGAUUAGUGCAUCUACGUCCAUAACCCUAUCAUUCAAUAAUGGUUUAAUUGAGCAGUUACAUUCUGGUAUAUUGAUUAUUUUCAUGAAACAGGGAGACCAUUUCAGUGUGUAAUAGAUGCACCGUAAAAUAGAGGACCAGUGGUUGGUUGCUCUUGGUGCAUGUUUAAUAUAUCCUCUGCCAUUUGAAAGUUCACUUGUAAAGAGAAUCAUAUUGAUUCAUGAGAAUAUUUAUUCCUUUAAAAUAAAGUCAAAAUGAUUAUUAAGAA